AUGUUAAAAAUUCGUUGUUUCAACAACAAAAAAGCUUCUACUUUAUUUACAAAUGCAAUCUCAAUUUUUGUGGAAACAUUUCAAGUAGUUCCUUGUUGUAGCAGAUUUUAUUCAACAUCAAAUAUUGGAGAAUUAAUUAAUAAAAGAAUUGGAAAAAUAAUUUUUCAACGAUCUUUUGGCACUUCUGGACAAAAAAAUUUAUAUGAAAUUCUUGAAGUUAGUCAAAAUGCAACUCAAACAGAAUUAAAAAGUGCUUUUUACAAACUUUCUAAAAGGUAUCAUCCAGAUGUUUCCGGUUCAAGUGAUGCAUCAAACAAAAAAUUUGUUGAAAUUUCUAAUGCUUAUGAAACAUUGAAGGAUGAACAAAAACGUCGAGAAUAUGACAGACAAUUACGUUUUGGCACUUCUCAAGAAAGGCCAGGUACUGGUAGAGAAACUGGACAACCUCCAACAUGGAGCACAGAUUUUCAUCCUCGUCCUCCAUUUAAAAAUCAGGAAUGGGAAAAGGAAUGGAAAUGGCAAUUUGGAGCAACAUCUGACAGACAAAGAAGACGCCCAUUUUCUCCUUUUGAUGACAUUUUUGGAGGACCACCACCUUCAGGUUCUUCACCUUUUCAACGAUGGCAAUGGGAUCAGGAACAAAAAAGAAGACAAUGGGCGGAAUGGGAAUGGGGAGAAGAAAUUGAAAGAAGAAAAAGGGAAGAAAAAGAAUUGAAUGAGUUAUGGCUUAAAUUAAGAAGAGAAUUUGAAGAGAAAAAUAAAGAAGAAUUUGAUAAGAUUCGUAGUAAUCUUUCUGACAGAGAAUGGCGUGAGAGAGAAGAACUUUUAUGGGAUAUGGCUUACUCAAAAUGGCUAGAACAAAAACAAAAAAUCCGAGAAGAAGAACGUGCAAGAACGCAACGUAGCUUAAUUAUCUUUCAUUUAAUUAUAUUAAUUUUGUUAUUGUUUUUGUUAUAA